AUGAAGAAGGUGGAUAAGGAAUAUGUGGAUAGUGAGUUAAAUAAGAAGGUGGAUAAGGAAUAUGUGGAUAGUGAGUUAAAUAAGAAGGCAAAUUUGGUUUAUGUUGAUGAAAAAGAUAAUGAAAUUAAAGAAAAGGUUGAAUGGUAUCAUGAAUGGACAUUGGAGACUUUUAAAGUUAAAGCUGAUACAGGAUGGGUUUUGGGAUGUUUAGACCUUAAAGCAGAUAAAACAUAUGUUAACAAUGAGUUAGAGAAGAAGGCGGAUAAAACUUAUGUUAACAAUGAGUUAGAGAAGAAGGCGGAUAAAACUUAUGUUAACAAUGAGUUAGAGAAGAAGGCGGAUAAAACUUAUGUUAACAAUGAGUUAGAGAAGAAGGCGGAUAAAACUUAUGUUAAUGAAAUAUACCAAAGUUUGAUAGGAACAACAAAAAAUAUUGAAACUAUUGUUGGUGACUUUUCUGUCAAUGAAGAAAAUAAAUAUUUUAGAUGGCAGUUUGUACAGUCCUUAAAAAAUGGUACACGGUGUAAACUCAUUCCGAAAAAUAACAAUGAAAUGUAUGUAAGCUAUAAAAAGAAUGAUGGUACACAAGUUAAAGUUCCAUUAGACAACAACUGCUACUUAAACUUAUAUGGAGACGAACAAAAGAAAUAUUUAAGAGUUUAUGAAAUGGCAGAUAUGACAUUGCCUGACCCAGCUCCAGCACCAUAUUAUUAUGACUAUGGAGAUGACGACAGAACACCACAUGUAGAUGAACAAAAGCUAACAUUAUAUUUAGAUUAUUAUAGAUAUAAAAGAUAUAAUGCAAUAGAAAAAACGAGAAUAGUAUAUUAUUAUACAGAUGACAGAAAUAAAUAUUAUAGUCAAGAUUUUACCUACCCUGAAAACAUAAGAUUAUAUUAUAAAAAAUAUUCUGACACAAACCAGAAGAAGCCUGAAAUAGUUGCACUAUAUUUUAAGUUCAAAAGAGACAAUCCUAUAAUAUCUCAUAUGUUUGAUUUAAUGAACCCAGUAGGUUCUAUUUAUACAUCUAUGGAUGCAAGAGGUCCUCAAGUAAUGUUUGGUGUUGGUGCAUGGGAACAAAUAGUCGACAGGUUUUUGUAUUGUGCAAACUCUUCAAAGGAAACAGGUGGAAGUAAAACGAUUUCAGGUGAAAAUUUACCUGCACACAGUCACUACAUAGAUUUAAGUACAUCUCAAGCAGGUUGGCAUAAGCAUAGAUAUUGGGAUUGGUCAGGAAUGACAAAAGGUAAAGGAUAUGAUGUUAAAGACGACGUUAAGUUUGCUAUAAAUUGUUACUGGAGUGACACUCAGGGAGAAGGAAACCAUACACAUUUCGUUUCAGGAUAUACACAAACAACGGGACAAAGUAAAGAAUACAUGCCACCAUUUGUGACUAUAUUUGCAUGGUACCGCGUUCAAUGA